AUGAAAGUAACACCAGAAAUUGCUGUUAAAUUUACAAAAAUAACAAAUUGUUUUAUGCUUAUAUGGCAACCAAAAAAUAAAUAUAAAAAAUAUUUAUUUGAAUUUUUAUGGUGGUUUUGUGUUAUCGAUGCAUUUUUUGUUCUUUUAACUUUAAUUGGAGCAAUAAUUAAAUACUCAAGUGAUACAUUGAUUGCUAUGAAAACAGCAAUUUUCAUGUCUGGUGUUGUUAAUUUUUUAAUUAAAAUUUCUAUAACAAAAAUUAAUCGACAAUAUAAUCAUGAAAUAUCAAUGAAGCUAGAUUUUUAUUUAAAAACAGCAAAUAAAAAUCAAAGAAUUAUAUUACAAAAUUAUGUUGAUAAAUCAUGGUUUUUUCAUGCAUAUAUGACAUGGUCAUAUUACAUUGCAUCAAUAUUAUUUUUAAUUGGUCCAUUAUUUUUACCUCAAAAAUUACCAAAUGAUGCUGUCUAUCCAUUUUCAACUGAGCCCUUAUUAACAUUUACAAUAAUUUAUGCUCAAGAUAUUUUAGUUGGAUUUCAGAUAUCAGCUGGACUAGUGUUGGAUUGUCAAGCGGCACUUUAUCUAUGGUUUUCUGGUGCCCUUUUCGAAAUACUCGCAUUAGAAAUAAAUAAUAUUAAAAAUUACAAACAAUUAAAAGAUUACGUUAAAAAACAUCAUGAUUUAAUUUUAUUCACGGAAAAAAUUAUCAAGACAGUUUCAGGCAUUGCAUUUACAACAAUUUCCAUGACAAUUAUUGGAAUAGUACUUGGAAGCAUUAUUUUAGCAUCUAACCAGCCAGCUACUGUUAAAUUGCAAUUUACAGUAUUAGUUUUGAGUGCGAGUAUUAAUAUUUUAGUAUGUGCACGAGCAGCUGAUAAUUUAAUUGUAACAUCUAGUGAUGUUAUGGUGAAUAGUCUUUACAAUUUUCCAUGGUAUAAAUUGUCAACUGAUGCUAAAAAAAUAAUUCAAAUAAUGAUGCAAAGAACUCAAAAACCAAUAACAAUAUCACUAUCUGGAUUUGUUGGUUCAUUGUCUUAUCAGUAUUACGCCAGUUUUGUGUCUACAGCUGUUUCUUAUUUUACAACUCUUCGAAUCAUGCUGGAACUUUAA